AUGACUUCAGGACAUGUCGUCCCUUCAAAUCUGUAUCCGCCCACGGUAUUUCCCGGUUGGCAGCAAGCUAGGACUUCUGUGGAGAUAAUCCAAGCGGGUUUGGAUCCUAGCCCGCGCGGACGCUCGGCAAAGAGUCUCGGACUUGAGCCUAGUGCAGUCGAACCUCGAUUUUUCAAGGAUCCCUCACUGGAAAAUGGAAAGAGGCAUACUCAGAAAUCAUAUCCUGCUGAGCUACCCCAAGCGCAGCGCUUCUACUCUAGCUCGACGUCGGCCAUGUCGGGGUCCCCCAAAUUGUCUCUUCGGCGGCGUGCGUGCUCUUCGGACAACCCCAUCAAGACCAUCAAGUCGGCUUGA